CGAGGCUCAGCAGGCUGCAGCAGAGGCCGAACAUCAGCGGCUGGCCAAUGAGGCGGCAGCCGAAGCUCAGCGGACAGCUGAUACUGACAUAGCAGCACGAAACAGACGGGAUGCCGCCAGCACGGAGUCCCUGAUUGCUAGUGAGCUUCAGUGGACAACGACACUCCAAGAUAUGAUCUUUGUGCCUACGGCAACGCAGGCGGAUCCGACACCGGCGGAGGCAGAGAGAAGUAACCUGGCUAACUUGCUGCUGGGCAUGAUGAGAGGUAUUAUGUGGAAUAAUACACUGCUGCAUUCACAUAUGCGCACGGACGCGACGCAGCGACAAACAUACAAGAACGAUAUGACCGCGUUAACAACUGCUAUCCGUACAGAGGCAACGCAGCAGCAGCAACAGCUUCAUCUGUUGAAUUCCACUAUCACACGCGUCGACAGCAUAGAGGCUAACGCCUCAGCAGGGCCAGGCUGCACGACAGACGCGACGAAGCAACUCAAUGAGCGCAUCGAUCACGUCGUCACCAUCAUCGGCGACAUAGGUGUUUUCAACGGACCGGACACGAUCAGCAGCACGGUGGCCGCCAUCAAGACGGAUAUCACCAAGCUACAGACGAGACCGGAMGCCGCUACAAAGACGUUCAAGAUGCCGCACUUCGACAUCAGCAAGUUNACAUCAGCAAGUUUGACGAUUACAACAAGUUACCACCAGAUUGAAAUCCAGCCUCAARACCGGUACAAGACCGCGUUCAAGACGCGGUAUGGGCAUUUUGAGUGGGUUGUCAUGCCAUUUGGCCUCACCAAUGCCCCCGCUACUUUUCAAGCAACAAUGACGACUGAGUUUCGCGACCUGCUCGAUCGCAGCGUCCUCAUUUACCUUGAUGAUAUCUUGGUCUACAGCAGGACGUUGGACGAGCAUAUCAUACACCUUCGCGUUGUCUUGAAUCGUUUGCGACUAGCCAAGUACAAAGCGAAUCUCGACAAAUGCGAAUUCGCCAAGCAGGAGCUUGAGUACUUGGGCCAUUUUGUCACGCCGAAAGGCAUUCGUCCCUUAGCGGACAAGAUCCAAGCCAUCGUGGAUUGGCCGGAACCMCGUUGCACGACGGAUGUACGCUCUUUCAUGGGAUUGGCUGGAUAUUAUCAGCGUUUCGUCAAGUCAUACUCGAAAGUGGCUGCUCCUUUGUCGAGACUUCGGUCCCCGAAGUGUCACGAGGACGGUUGGCAUCCGGUUGAGUACUUCUCCCAGAAGGUGCCUCUCGUCAACACUUUUGAUGACGUCAGGAAGAAAGAACUACUCGCGUUCGUCACCGUCCUCAAACGGUGGCGCCACUUUCUUCUCGGCCGUCGGCGUUUUAAGUGGAAUACGGACAACAAUCCGUUGACCUUUUAUAAAACGCAAGACACGGUCACUAGCACGAUCGGUCGAUGGAUGUAUUACAUCGACCCGUUCGAUUUUGACCCGUGCCACAUUCCCGGUCCCGCCAAUCGAGCUGCGGACGCCCUCUCACGACGGCCCGACUUUUGUGCCAUUGUGACCACGGCAUUCGACCUCGAUGACGAUCUGCAGCCGCAUUUCGUCAAAGGUUACAAGUCCGAUCCGACUUACUCCAAGCUUUACGCAGAGCUUUCAUCGGACCACCCGCCGGCUAGCCACUAUCGGAUUUUCGAUGGGUUCCUUCUCCUUCACACGAGAGGAAAGGACUUGUUAGUUGUGGCCCAAGAUCGCAUCUUAUGGACUCGUCUUCUCGGCGAAUUCCACGACACACGACUUUCGGCACACCUUGGCGUGAACCGCACAUUGGCACGCCUCAGCCAGCGUUUUCACUGGCCCGACGUCCUCCACGACGUCACGAGGUACAUCGAGUCAUGUGCAGUUUGUCACCGUAACAAGGGUCGAUCUCGAGUCCCCUUCGGCGAACUGAAACCGUUGCCGAUCCCUCAGGCACCACGCCUCUCCAUUCCUAUGGACGUGACUGGCCCGUUUCCCCGCGAUCGCCACGGCCAUGACGGUAUUCUCACGGUCGUUGACCGUUUGAGCAAGUAUGCCCGCUUCCUUCCUUGCAAGUAUCAUGCUGCAGCACCUGAGCUCGCACGACUCUUGCACACCGGUUGGAUUACCAACCAAGGUGUUCCGAAAGACAUAGUGAGCGACCGAGAUACUCAUGGAGCGGCACUUCAGACCGCUCAGAUGAUGUUGCGUACGCUCAUCCGUCUCGACCAGAAAGAUUGGGUUGACCGGCUUCCCGACAUCGAGUUCGCCUACAACACUUCGGUGCACCCGGCGAUCUACGUCACACGAUUCGAGCUACAUCAUGGUGGAGAGAAAGCACGGAUCUUCGCUGAUCUCCUUUUGCCACAGGUUGCCGACAUAGACGUCCCUUGCUCUCCCGCUUCUGUCAGGAAGUAUCGGGAAUUGCUGAUCAAAGCCCGCGCGRAUAUGCAAAAGGCUCAGGUCCGCAUGCAGCAGCAAGCUAACCGACGUCGACUUCCAUGUCCUUUCCGCGAGGGAGACCUUGUUUGGGUCCUCUCCGAGGAAUUUGCGCUCGAGCAAGAUGUUUCGCGCAAACUCCUUCCGAAAUGGUUCGGACCAUGGGAAGUCACUUCUGCCGUUGGAGACGACCCCGCCGGCCCUUCCUUCGUGAUCAACAUUCCACCGCACCURACAGUGCAUCGGGUCUUCCAUGCAUCGAAGUUGGCCAUCUAUACGCCACCUCCAGCUGAAGAAUUCCCUGGACGUCGAUCACAGGAUCCGCCUUCUAUGGACAGACAUCAGGAAGUUGACCGAGUCAUUACGCACCGCAAGUAUGGCAAUAAGCCAAGGCAGUACAAGGUCACAUUCAAGCGAUGUGCGCCUGAUGACACUCGGUGGAUCUCCAGUGAAGAUUUGCAGACUUCUGCACCCCUCAUCUUCGCAGACUCUGAGAAGCGCCGCCUUGCUAAGGACGCAGCUCGUCCCGCCCGACCCACCUCGGUAUCGGACAAACAACUUCGCCCUCGCAGGUAGCUCAGACUUUUAAGAGGGGGAGUGUGUUACAUCUUCGACUC